CCCCCCAACAGCUACACAGCAUGCAGCAGGAGCUAGGGCUCCACUCCAGGUCUUUGGGUGCUGCCCUCCAUCAAGUCUUUUCAUGUACUGAGAUCAUCUAAGCUUUUUCUGUCUCUGACAUCGCCCUAACCUUCCCGUCCCUGGGCCAAGCUUCUUAUUCCGACUGAGGACACCUCAGGCCACCAUGGCUCUCAGUGCUUCAAUUCCUAACGGCAAUAAUCACACACAUAAGGAGAUCCAGCUGGCUUCCAAAAGCAGGGUGAUACACAACAAGCAUCCACAGAGCAAUAAUCAUAGAGAUAAUGUAGUCAAAGUUGAAGCCUCUUCAGGUCAGCCUAACCCCAUUAAGGCUUCAAGGACUCACAACGAGCUUCACAAGGAACUGCUACUGGCCCACAAGAGGGGUCUUGCGCUGAGCAGCAGGUCAGAACUCCAGCAGGUGCUUGAGAGGAGGAAGAGGGUGCAGAGUGAGCGCGAAGAGGAGGGACAGAGCAGGACUUCUCUGGAGGAUGUGCUGCUCCGCCGUCAGCUGAAACAACUUGAGAGGGAGAAGGAACAAGAGGACAAGGUGGAGCAGGAGUCCCAGUUGAUGGAGUUUGUUCGAGUCCGACAGAACCUAAGAAAGAUUCACUCUGCGAUCCAGAACAAGGCUGCAAACACCUGAAGAGCUCCAGAAGUAUGCACACAAAUCAUAAAAGAAACUCCAGCAUAAUCUGAGAUCCUUUAUCAAGCAGGUGCAUACUGAAAAACAAGAACUAUGAAUGGAUUUAAUACAGUUUUUUAAAGAAAGGCAUUUAUUUUUAAAUACUUGGAAAUGGAAACAGUAUUCUUUUGUAGAUAUGUAAAGGAAUGUCGUCUGUCACUGUGGAAGUCAAAUAUUUAUUGAGUAUCAUUAAGUAAUUUUGCUUGAUAUGUUUGCUUGAUAUGCCGUUAUUUAUCAACAAUAUGUUGCAGAAAACCAGUAUGAUAUCCUUUGGCUUAUCAAAUUUGUUAACAUUAUUAUUGUGAAUGCACGUCACAUUGCUAUAUGAAUGAUAUUACGGACAUUAUUUGUUGAUACAAGUGCAGGGGUGAAACAUGUAAAGAAUCAGACAGCAAUACCCGGAAACUUAUAAGAUCCCAUAAACAGUAUAUUUGGUUGACAUAUUAAGAUAAUGUUUUAAAAGCAUACUUUGGGUUAGGUGCUUUGGAAAAUCUAAAGCCAAGAACACCAAUGCCCACAAUGCUUUCACUGAAGACUUUAGAAGCUUGAUGACUGCAAUAAAAAUGAUUUCAAUUUAAGUCACAGGAGACACGUUUAUUAUGUGACUUUCUACACAUUUGUCUGCUAAGUCAAACAAGAAUAAAUGUCCGCAGACAUGCCAAAGGAUCUA